ACCCGGAGCAUUCAAAAGGGCUACUGCGUGAAUGCCACAGCCACCACCAACCGAACCCCUCCGUUGCCCUCCCCACUCGCCUCUCGCCCACCCCGAGUGGGCGCGCGCCUCCCCGCGAGCCCGUGUUCUUUCACCCCGCAGUGCGCUGCGUGGACGUGCGAGCUGCGUGGACGGCCGCGCGCCCUGCCCCUCCGCAUGCGCCCCCGAGGCUUCUUCGCGGGAAUCCGCAGUGUUCAGAAGACUGGGCCCCCCUGAGGCCCUCCUGGAGGCGGCCCCCAGCCUGCAGGCAGGGGCAAAGGAGGUGGAGGACACCGUCGAGUCGAUGCUCCUGGGGCUGGAGGAGUUCUGCAGCCUGGCCGACAUGAUCAGGAGCGACACCUCACAGAUCCUGGAGGAAAACAUCCCGCUGCUUAAGGCCAAAGUGACGGAGAUGCGUGGCAUCUACGCCAAGGUGGACCAGCUGGAGCUCCCUGCUAAUGGCCUGGGAAAGCAGCAGAAGAUGGCCCAGGUACCUGGGCCCACACCCAUGUGGGAGACCCGGAUGGAGCUCCAGGCCCUGGCUUUGGCUUGGCCCAGCCUUGGCCGUUGUGGCCGUUUGGGGAGUGAACCAGAAGGCCUUUGUCAAGAUGGUCGGGCACCACGUCGCCUUCCUGGAGGCCCACGUGCUUCAGGCCGAGCGGGACCACGGGGCCUUCCCCCAGGCCCUGCGGAGGUGGCUGGGCGCCGCGGGGCUCCCCUCCUUCAGAAACAAGGCGUCUGCGCCAGCGCCGCCGGCCUAUGAGCUGCCCACGUUGUACAGGACCGAGGACUAUUUCCCUGUGGACACCAGGAGGGCCCAGCAGCCGAGCCCCUAGCUGCCAGCAGCGCCGUGAGCUCUGCGCUUGUCCCCUCAGGCCCCGGGGAAGGGCCCUGCCUUGCCUCCUUCGUCAUAGUUUCUAGCACCCCCUCCCCUGUAGCCAGCACCCAUGUGUGCCUCGGGGCGUAGCCGGCCUUGUAAAGGGACCCUGGCUGGGGGGCGUGUUGGUCGCGUUGCCCCCUGGCCCUGUGGAUGAUCCCAAUAAAGGUGUCAAGAGCUCA